AUGCCGCAGUGGUGCACGCGCCAGGUCUUCCGGUGCUUCAAGUGCCUCGAGCGCACCGCCGACCGCAUCACCGGCGCCGCGGGCCCCGUCUUCGUCGCUCUCGCCAUCGUCCUCAUCUCCGUCGGUGCCGUCUGUUUCUUCACCGUCAUCGCGCCUGACCUCCCGCUCCCGCUGCUCUCGAUCCCGCUCUGCGCGCUCAUCGCCCUCAACCUCUUCGCGCACUACUACUUCGUCUGCACCGUGCCCCCCGGCUUCGUCGACGACUCCCCACGGCAGCAGUCGGGCUCCCCCAAAUGGCUCGCGGUGCGGCGCGCGGUCAUGGGCGUGCGCUGGUCCGACGACGUGAACGUGACGCGCGCGACGACGACGCGCUGCAAGCGAUGCGAGAGGUCGCAUCAUUGCAGGAUUUGCAGGCGCUGCUAUUGGCGUGCAGGGAUCAACCAAUGCGUCGGGGUGCAUAACGAGCGGCAUUUCGUGCUGUUCAUGGUUUACAUGGUCGUUUCGACAGCAUGCUACGUCACUCUUGGGUGGAAGCACGUACUAAGAGCACUGGGCUGGUUCGACCAAGGUUGGCCCUACGUCGUCCCCCCAGUUGCUUUCCUCAUGAUAUACAUCUUGGCGGGGGUCUUGUGGAUGGCGGUCACCGCUAUGGCCGGGUGGCAGAUUUACAUGAUCUCGUGUGGCGAGACAUCGGUAGAAAGCCAGGACCAUGAGCAGUAUAGAAGGUUUGCGGGUCGCCGAGGCGAUACCUUCGUGAACUGCUACGACCUGGGACGCAUCAAAAACCUCCAGCUAUUCUUCAACGUCGGAGUGGAUGGGUACCCUCUUUGGACGCUCAUCAUCCCUCUACGCAUAGAACCCUACACGGACGGCUACUCGUGGGCGAGGAAACCGGGACACGACUCCCACCAUGGCGUACGUCCAGGAGAAGAACUUACGGAUGAAGACGAUGACAUGUAA